UGUCCUUUUCACAUACGUUCGCCGGGCAGCUAGCGCUACUAUCCAACAUGUCGGCGACUCCUGUGUUCCCCAUGUGUGUGCGAGCGAGCCGGGCCCUGCUGAGGCUCAGGAGCGGGGCGGUAGGUGCCUCCUCCCCGGCUGUGGUGGAUAUCGUCCGGACACUCUCCACGGACAAGUCGCCGGCCGGAACGGGCAGCGCGACGGGCGGACUGGCUCAGGCUAUCCUCCAGGAGAGGCUCCAGCAGCAGCAGCAGAGCCAGGGCCAGCCUCCUCCUGAGGGAGGGGAGGGUGAGAAGGAGAAAGAACAAGACGACAAGAAGCAGAAGGAAAACACUGCCUACGCUAAGAAGAUGGUGCUACGGUUGGCGGGGCUCAUGGGAGUUGGCGGCGCAGUCGGCAUAGUCUACGUGUUCGGCAACAAUUCAGUGGACGAACAAGGAAAUGCGAUUCCAGAUGAGUUCGACAGAGAUCCUCCCGUCGUCCAACAGUUGAAAAGAACCUACAAAUACUUCAAGGACUACAGACAGAUGAUCAUCGAGCCGACGAGCCCGAAACUGCUUCCUGACCCUCUGAGGGAGCCGUACUACCAGCCUCCCUACACUCUGGUACUGGAGCUCACCGACGUACUGCUGCACCCGGAGUGGUCGUUGUCAACAGGUUGGCGAUUUAAGAAACGUCCGGGCAUCGACUACCUGUUCCAGCAGCUCGCACCGCUCUACGAGAUCGUCAUCUUCACCGCAGAGACCGGCAUGACGGCGUAUCCUCUGAUCGACAGCAUCGACCCUCAGGGUUUCGUCAUGUAUCGUCUCUUCAGAGAUGCAACACACUACAUGGAGGGGCAUCAUGUUAAGGACGUGUCGUGUCUGAACCGGGACACCAGUAAGGUGAUCGUGGUGGACUGUAAGCGGGAGGCGUUCAGCCUGCAGCCCUUCAACGGCAUGGCCCUGAAGAAAUGGGACGGAAACUCAGAUGACCGGACGCUCUACGACCUCGCCAACUUCCUCAAGACCAUCGCUCUGAGCGGAGUGGAUGACGUACGUUCGGUGUUGGAGAACUACGCUCUGGAGGACGACCCCAUCGAGGCCUUCAAACGUAGACAGGCUCAGCUGGCAGUGGAGGAGGAGCAGCGUCUGGCCGAAAUCUCCCAGCAGAAGAAACAGGGACUCUCCCUCGGCUCCAUCGCUUCGCGGUUCUGGCGCUCCAAACAGCAGUGAGCCCCGCCCCCUCCCUCACACUUCCACCAAUCGCAGCCCGGCUUGCCAUCUGCGUCGAGAGGAGGGGCCAGAGGACAGAGAGUGAGAGGGGAGGGAAGUGGGGGUGGACCUGCGUACUGUAGCUGAGUGGACCCUGCAUCCAAUCAUGUCUCAGUGGGCGGGUCUGCGGUGUUUGAACAUUGGCCGUCCUCUGCACCAAUGAGAGAAGCACUUCCUGUUCUUGUUGGAAGCGGGGGCGUCGGCGGCCCCCUCCCUUUGGUCAUCCUGGUGUCACCUGAUGCAUAUCAAGCUGCUGAUUGGCUCAAAACAAACAAACAAGAGACAGAGGAUCCAGGUCAGGAUGAACUCUUGUUGUUGGCGGUUUGGAGGCUGCUCUGAGAUCAGCGCUGCUAUCGCCACUCCAGCUCUGGUCGGCCCCGCCGCUCGCAGGAUCUGACCUGAGAUCAGCAGUGCUCUGUCCCGUACCUUCAGAAUGUGUAUUUAAUUUUAUUUUCUAUUCCUCUGUGUGUGUCAGACUGUGCUGCUGCAGACGGUGUUAAAUGAGAAAUAUUGUUUAUAAGAAAUAAAGAUAAACAAUAAGUAGUAUUGUUAAGAGUUUAUUCGAUAUGUGCGACUGUCUGGGUGUCCAGCGGUGGUGGCGUGGACGGGCGUUCGCCUCGGCUUGUGGCCACAAUGACGACUAACGGCAGCUGAGCUGAUGGUGGAGAGCAAGGACGAAUGAAAGCUGCAGUCUGAUCUCUUCCAUCAGUCAAAGGAUCAGUCUGGUGUUUCAGAUCCCGUCCCAUGUCGCAUUGUUAUGCGUUUCCUAUAUUCAGUCUUGUGCCCAAAAUGGACCAUCGCCAGAGUCGAGUCAAACCACACUCCACCGCCUCCAGAGGGUUGAGGUGACAUGAAAUGGGCUUUGUAGUCAUCCAGAGAUGAUUCUUUGGGGACAUGGAGGUCUGUGGACGGAGAAUUAUUUCCCAACAUGACAGAUUUGUUCUGUUCUGCCAUUUUUUUUUAUAUCUUUGUUGUCUCCGGCAGUCGAAUCUCACUUGCUUUUCUCAGAUGAAAGAUGAUGAUGCUCUGAAACUAUGGUCCUAUGUUGCACAGUGAGAGAAGUUCAAGGUUGGUUGUUGUCACGGUGUUGCGAUCAAAGACAGCCUGGGAUAAAAUUCUGACAGUGACGCACUGAUCAGCACGACAAUGCUAAAUGCUAGUAGAUGCUAAUAAAUACACUCAGAGCUGUCAUUGGAAAAUGUUGGCCUCUUUUCCACGGCCACGACUGCGUCCACAUUCUCCCCCUCCUCUUCUUCUACAGACUGUUCCAACAUACAUAAGUGCCCCAAGGGCGUGUUUAAUUCUUUUGGGGAAAUUAUAAAUGAAUCCUCUGGUCGUUAGUCGUGUCGUCUCCCCUCCAAACAUCUGAAAAGAGACGGGAUCUGAGAGCUCAGCUGCCGUUCGUCUUCAUGUGCUUGCUGAAGAUUGUGUGACUCAUGCUGAUGUGAACUCACCAUCGACGUCCUCAAUAAAGGAAACAAACCAA